CUCAGCUAACAGCUACGUGUGUUUACAGAGGACAGCGUCAGGAAGGACAAACGUCUCACUCCAGAAAAGUAAGGCUGACAAUUCGCGUCCUGUUGCUAUAGCAACGGAGCAGCUCGAAGGCAGAAGUCAACUAAAAGAGCUAUCACUCUGCUUGAUAUUGUUUGAUUUUAUGACCACAAAGAAAAAAAAAACAUGUCCUCACCAAGACUGGGUAUUGUCAGAGACUCCAUGCUGACCAAUCCACGGAUAAUAAAGCCACCUCUGGGUCAGUCCAGGUCCAGAGGUUUGCCAAUUCCUGAUCCAGAUUUCACUUAUGGCACCAGCAGCUCAUCCAGAGAUGGAGGCGUGGCAGAGGUUCUGUCUGGUUGGACGGUUCAGCCCAGUCGUGGAGACUCUGCUUCUCAUAAACCCUUCGCCCCAAACUUUGUGUUUCUGAACCGGGAAGCAGUUAAGUCUGGUGUGGUGACGUCCAGAGAGCUGAGUCAGUACCGAGCUCAGAGGGGCGGAGCUAAUAGCCAAAACCACGCCCCAAAACCAAAGGAGAGCUUGGCUUCAAGGCGCCCAGUGGUGCCUGACAUCACAUUUGGAGUCCCAAACAGGCCAUCAUCCCCCCUGUCAGACCUUCUGUCUCAUCAGUAUGGCGACCGCUGGUUCAACCAGCAGCUUGCCAGGAGUCAAAUCAGCACAAAUGAGCAGAAGCUGCAAAGGAUAAAAUCAGGUUGUGUUCAGGACAACAGGACCAGCCUGCUGAGGAGGAGCAGACCUCUGCCUGUCACUCAGACUCCAUUCAAGCUGCCUCGCUUUACUCAGGUCGCUCCUGCUCUGAACACCUUCAGGGACCAGGGGGCACGUCUCCGAGCGCUCAGGGCUCAUCAGUCAUACUCUGUGUCCAGGAGAGGAUCUCAGGGUCCAAAAAAUCUGGACUUACUUGAAGAGGAAACAGACCAGACCACUUCAGAACAAGUCAACAACACUACAAAUAAAAAUGAGUAAACAUUUCUUCACUGUAUGUAUUUCUUGCAUUCACCUCUGAUUCAAAUAUUUCUACUUAAACACUUUAAGACAUCAGUCUGAAUGACAUACUGUGAUUAGAGAGAGAUUCCCAAACAAAGGAGGACCCCCAGGGCUUUGAACUAAGACCUCAACUCUUCUUGAACCUGUGAUUAAACCUUUUGACUAUUGAAUGUAGAAUUUUAUGCUGAUGGUUCUUUUAUCAUAUUUUCUUGUUGAUAAGCAGGUGUUCAUUUAUGUAUUUUCAUUUUAUGAUGAUUAUAAUUACACCCAAAAUUACUUUGCACAAAAACUGCAAAAGAGGGA